AUGUCUGAAGCGAUCGAAAUCAGGACCAUCAUCAACAACAGAAAUAUAAAUACGGUUUCUGAUACCCCUGUAACUGAUCCUGCCUCUGGAGUCAAGGGAUUGGAUGGAAGUAAUGCCUUUAUCUGCCAAAGAUCAAAGUUGGAUACCAAAACAAGUGCAUUAAAAAAAUCUAGUCGGUAUAGAAGUCGUUCGCUUUCUGCUUCAUCAACAGAUUCUUACAGUUCUGCAUCUUGUACAGGUAGCAGCUCAGAAGAUGAUGACGUCUCACCGCGUGAAAAGGUCCAAAAAAACUCAGCUGGCAAUGCAGAUUUUUGUGUUAGGAACAUCAACCAGCAUGCUUUUGGCCGACGUGAGAUAGAAAUCGCCGAACAAGAGAUGCCUGGUAUUAUGGCCUUGCGGAAGAGGGCAGCUGACGACAAGCCACUGAAAAAUGCAAAGAUCGUCGGAUGCACUCAUAUAAACGCACAGACUGCCGUUUUGAUUGAAACACUAACUGCACUGGGUGCUAGCGUGAGAUGGGCAGCAUGCAACAUUUACUCUACUCAGAAUGAAGUUGCUGCUGCAUUGGCAGAGGCAGGCUAUUCUGUUUUUGCAUGGCGUGGAGAGACAGAAGAGGAUUUUUGGUGGUGCAUUGACAAAUGUGUCAAUUCUGAGAACUGGCAAUCCAAUAUGAUAUUAGAUGAUGGAGGGGAUGCUACACAUCUCAUGCUGAAAAAGUACCCUGCCAUGUUCAAACUGAUCAAGGGAAUAGUUGAAGAGAGUGUGACAGGUGUCCAUCGUUUAUAUCAGCUGUCAAAAGGUGGCAAACUAACCGUCCCAGCCAUGAAUGUCAAUGAUUCUGUCACCAAGACUAAAUAUGACAAUUUGUAUAGCUGCCGAGAAUCAAUUAUCGAUAGUUUGAAACGUUCAACUGAUGUUAUGUUUGGAGGAAAACAAGUUAUCAUAUGUGGCUAUGGUGAAGUAGGGAAAGGUUGUUCACAAGCACUCAAAGGCUUUGGUUGUGUAGUCUACGUUACUGAGAUUGACCCCAUAUGUGCUCUUCAAGCCAGUAUGGACGGAUUCCGUGUUGUGAAACUGAACGAAGUAAUUCGGACUAUAGACAUUGUUAUAACUGCUACAGGCAACAAAAAUGUGGUAACUAGGGAACACAUGGACAAAAUGAAAAAUGGCUGCAUUGUUUGUAAUAUGGGACAUUCCAACACUGAAAUUGACAUUAAUAGUUUAAGGACUCCUGACCUGACUUGGGAAAGAGUGAGGUCUCAGGUUGACCACGUGAUCUGGCCUGACGGCAAGAGAAUCAUCCUUUUGGCUGAAGGUCGCCUUGUGAACCUGAGUUGUUCUAGCUUGCCUUCAUUCGUCGUUUCAAUCACUUCUUGUACUCAAGCUUUAGCUUUAAUAGAGUUAUUCAAUGCUCCACAAGGGAGGUACAAGUCUGAUGUUUAUCUUCUACCCAAAAAAAUGGAUGAAUAUGUGGCAAGUCUACAUCUCCCUACAUUUGAUGCACAUUUGACAGAACUUUCUGAUGAACAAGCUAAAUAUAUGGGAUUGAACAAAGCAGGUCCAUUCAAGCCUAAUUACUAUAGG